AUGAAGUUAUGUAUAGAAGGAAGCUGUAUUCUUGAUGAUAUGAUGUUCAUUCAGGAUUUAGAAAUUCCAAUACCAAUAUGCAAUGAAAACUUUACAUGGCCUGGAGGGGAUUCUAUUUCUGAUAUGGUGAAUGCUAUUGGUGGAAGUCUAACUCAAGGAGCAUUUAAUAUUAUUUUAAGAAGACUAGGAAUUGAGGAUAUUUUCACAGACUCCUGUCAACUAUUGGAAUCUGGAAAAGAAUGUACCAACACCUUACAAAUACCAAAUUCAUUGGGAGACAUAGUUCAGUGUGAACUAACAGACAGUUGUUUAGGACUCAAUUGCUGUUUAGGACUGAAUUUUAAGCUGCCAUUUGAUGGAGAUGAUGUUGCAUACAAUAUUCCGUUUGGAUUUAAUUUAAGUCCUUGUGAUUUUGAAAUUGAAUUAAGUUUUGGAUCAUACUACCAUAAGAUGGUUUUACUUGAGUAUGACUGGGGUAUAGAAAAUAAAUUGGAAAUAGGAAAUGGGGAUGCUGCUCCUAUUACCAUAAGAUACAGAAUAGAUAAGCUUGACAAUGGACGGGGAUUUGUAAUAGAUCUGAAGAUAGAUAUAUGUCUUCCAAUGGAUGAUCAAGUGUAUUGUUUCCCAGAAAAUGGGUUUCCAGUGUUAAACCAGCAUGCAAUUCCAAUCUGCUCCAGAAAUUUUACAGGCACAGAUUUCUCUGUGACAAAUUGGUUAGAUGAAGUGAACCUUGAUAUUAACCAAGGAUUAAAAGAUGCUGCGGUGAAUUUUAUCCUUGAACAGUUACAUCUGACUAAUUUCUUUGGUGGUCCUAAAUGUGAUGUUGAAAGAUAUCCUUAUUCACCUAGUGUUCAGGGAUGGAACAGUGAAUGUCAACUGAGUAUGUUUAAUCGUCCAGAUUUGGCAGACCAGAUAGCCUGCCACAUUACAGAAUCCUGUACUGGAAUUGAUUGCUGUGCCAAUAUUCCUUUCUUUGGAUUGACAGUUAGGCCAUUCUUUGUGUUGGAUCCUUGUGACUACAAGAUAUCAUUUGGAAUCAAUACAGAAAAUGUUACUAUUUCACUCUUUAACUAUGAAUGGGAUAUGAAAAUAUUUGACAAAACAGAGAUACCCCAACUUGUUUGUGAUAUUGAUGCUGUUAUUGAUCUGAAAGAUUUCUCAUUAACCAAUUGGGCAGACAAUUUAGGAGUUAAUUUAACUGAUCAGAUGCAGCCAUCGUUUAUUAGAAUUUUGCUACAACAGCUUGGAUUAGACACUCUGUUGAAGUCUCCACCCUGUAGUCAUAGAAAUGAUAUAUACUCUCCUUCUUCAGGUGGAUGGAAAAAUGAUUGUCCAGCAGUUACAGAAUUACCAGAAUUGCCAGAGUCCCUUGUAUGUUAUGUACCAGAUUACUGUACAGGAAUAGAUUGUUGUUAUAACUUUGACUACCUGGAUUUGUCACUGAACAUAAACCUAUACAUAGAUACAUGUAAUUACCAGAUACGAGGCAGAAUAGAAACACUCGAGUUUGAAAUUAAUUUCUUUGAUUAUACUUGGGGUGAGGUGAAGGAAGAAAGAUUACAGGAAAUAUUCAGAAUAAAAUUCAAAUUACAGAAGCUCUCAGACCAAAAGAAAUUCAUAGUAGACUUGGACUUCAGUGUUUGUCUUGAGAAAAAUGUGUGUAAUCCAACACUGACAUUGUUUAAAGAUCAACUGAUUCCUCAACCUUUGUGUAAUCUCGAGAUGGAUUUUAACUCUGCAAAUACUUCCUUGUUUGAAUGGAUGGAAAAUAAAGGACUUCAAAUAGGUCAAAGUUUAACAUCAGCACUGGCAGAUGAACUUAUGGAGUAUGUUGGUAUUAAAUCAUUCUUAAAUGAAAAAUCAUGUGACAGGGAUGAAAUACCAUAUGGAGGUGCUGUUAAUGGAUGGAAUACUACAGCAUGUCCACUGAAUGUAUCUGUACCCAAGAUACACAGUACCAUAAGCUGUGUUUUGUCCUCCCACUGUACAGGAGUGACUUGUUGUGUAGAGGUUGGGAAAAUAAGGAAAUCAUUCACAGUGUAUGCAGACAUUGAUGGCUGUAAUUUGAAGCUGUCUUUUGGGAUUGAAAAAAGGCAUAUUGAAAUUCCACUAAUUAAUUACAAAUGGGGAACUGAAGAAACAUUUAGUCUGCUGAAUGUUAUUAAAUUAAGAUUUUCUAUCCAUGAUCUACAAGGAGAAAAGAAAUAUCUAUUGAACUUGAAACUAAGUGUAUGUUUAGAACCUGAUGGUGCCUGUCUGAUAUCUACAUCAGUUUUGGCAAACUUUAAACUGCCAAAACUAGGUUGUGACUGGUCUGAUGCAGGGUUCAAAGUUCCAGACUUUUCUUUGACGAAGUUUAAAGCUGAAAACAGUAUACUUGGAGAAGUGAAAGGGUUACUCUUAACUAAACUACUAGAAGGACUUGGAAUAUCUGCCUAUCUUGAAGAAGUACAAUGUAGUAGAUCACUGCCACCAUACGUGUCAUCCACAGAUGGAUGGGCUAGCAAUUGCAGUUCCUCCAAAAUGAAAAGUUUGCCACCAUUAUCUGGUCCUGUCUCGUGUCACCUGAUGGAUACCUGUACAGGGAUACAGUGCUGUAUUGAUGUAGAACAGCUGAGCAGAUCCAUCAGUGUAUAUCUAAUUCUGGAUACUUGUAGUUAUAGUUUUGAAAUCGGAAUAGAGAAACUCACUUACAAGAAGUCCCUUCUAGAAUUUGAAUUUGACCAAAAGCAAAGCUUUAGUCUUUUUAAUAUCUUGAAUAUAGAUUAUUCCAUAGAUGACCUGAAGUCCCAAGGUUUAUUGUUGGUCAACCUGGAUGUGAGUGUAUGUUUUGAAUCCCAUGGAAGCUGUCAAUUUAAAGUCAAUGUAUUCAAAGAUGUUUCUCUACCUAAACCACUGUGCAACUGGCAAAAUAGCACUUUUGAUCUAGGAUUUUCAUUGAAGAAUUGGACUCAGUUCAAUAGAAUAGAUGCUGUGACAGAUUAUGUCGUAGAUUUACUUCUAGAGGAGCUUGAUAUAGCUAAAUUCUUGUCCGAUCCAAUGUGUAGCAGGACAGAUGCUCCUUAUAGUCCUAGUAAUGAUGGAUGGAAUACAACUUGUGAUAAAUCUGUUGAUCUCCAGCCAUUGACAGGACCAGUGACUUGUCAUAUACCAGAUAUCUGUACAGGAGUAGAAUGUUGUAUUGACGUGGAUCCUAUAAGACGAUCAUUCCAUGUGUUUGUUUUCCUUGAUGCUUGUUCUUACAGACUGAGAAUUGGAAUUGAAAAAUAUGAAAUAGAUAUUUCAUUGUUUGAUUAUGAAUUUGGCAUUGUAGACCAGAUCAAGUUAACAUCACUAUUCACUAUCAACUAUUCAAUCUACAAUCUUGUUGAUGAUGAUGUUUUCCUUGUGAAUAUGAAUGUGAGUGUAUGUCUGGAAAUCAAUGAAUGUUUGAUACAGCAAGUUGUUCUUCAGGAUGUGUAUUUACCAAAGACCUUCUGUAAAUGGAGCUCCACUUUAUCAGAAUUUUCUGUGGGUAAUUUCCUUGGUAACAAAGGGCUAUCUAUUAAUGACAAUCUUGGAGACCUUGUCAUAACUCAGAUCCUGAACCAUUUGGGUAUAACAGAUAAUCUACAAAGUCCUCAAUGUGUUGUUGGAGGAAGUCCAUGGGUGAAUGAAUGUCCCCAUUCUGUACAGUUGCCACAAUUAUCAGGACCAAUUUCUUGCACACUUAUGAAGAGUUGUACAUCUGUAGAUUGCUGCUUAAAUGUGGACUUUCUCAAGAGAAACUUUCAUGUUGAGCUGGAUAUUGACAUUUGCAAUAGAAACAUUAUUUUUAUGAUUGAAAAGCUGAAGUUUGAAUACUCAUUACUGAACUUUCAGUGGGGUGUAAAAGACAGAUUAAAACUGGGUUCAGCUUUAUAUUUAGAUUACAGUUUGGAUAAUGUUGUUGAUGCUAAUGAGUUUAGAGUCGGUCUGAAUGUCAGUGUACAGUUUAAUCCAGGAGAGACCAUGUUCCAUUGGAUAGUAUUGACAAAUACACCUCUUCCAAAGAUACCAUGUGAUUUCAACACCGAUUUUGAUACUACAGGAUUUUCCCUACAGACCUGGCUUCAGGAAGUGAAUGUUCCAUCAGAAAAACAUAUUUCAAAACUGGUAAUCCUUCAGUUAUUUCAUGAGCUUGGUAUUGGUAGGCUCAUGAAUAUAGAAUCCUGUCAGAGAUCUGGUGUAAAGUACAGUCCAGCUCUAAAUGGUUGGAAGAAUUCAUGCCCACUGGACGUAUCUUUAACACCGCUUCCUAAUACUGUAUCUUGUAUGAUUCCUUCUCACUGUACAGCUGUGGACUGUUGUAUUGAUGUAGAUUUUCUGGAUAGAUCUUUUAAUGCCUUCCUGGAUGUGAACAUGUGUACCAAUGUCAUGACAGUAGGACUAGAAAAACUUGUUUUAGAUCCUAUUAGCUUGUUGGACUAUCAGUUUGGUAAAACAGAGCAUUUCAAUUUGAAAGGAGUAUUGAGAAUAACGUACAGGAUUGAUGAUCUACAAGAGGAAAGGAAGCUUGUUGUCAACAUGAAUCUCAGUGUAUGUUUUGAGUGGUCUGGUUCCUGUUUGUAUGAUGUUACUGUUUUCCAUGAUACUGUUAUACCUAAACCUCUCUGUGACUGGGAAGCAGAUUCAUACUUUACAAAGGAUUUCUCUUUGGAUACAUUUCUUGCUGAGGAGGGACUAAAUGGAAAUGAAGUCUUGCCCAACGUCAUUGCUGUGAAGAUGAUGGAACAGUUAGGACUUUUAUCCUAUCUCAACAGUGACUCUUGCAGCUAUGAAUAUGAAAGUGGUAAAGAUGGGUGGAUUAAAGGUUGUUUUGAGGAUGUGGUUUUACCAGUCUUACCUGCUGAUGCCAGAUGCAACGUCCUUCCAUCUUGUUUAGGCAUUGAUUGUUGUUUAGGUGUAGAUUUCUUGCAACACAAAUUCAAGGUUUCAUUUGAACUGGAUACAUGCAAUCAUCAGUUACAUUUACAGAUAGACAGAUAUCAGAAGACGCUGAACUUGACAGAUUAUACAUAUGGAUCCAUACAGAAAUUAAGCUUCAUGAAUGUUGUUAGAAUCGAGUAA